AUGGACAGCGAUAAAUUGGAAGACAAUGAUGAGCGGCUCGAUGCGUAUUUAGAUUUUAUGUAUAACGCGACCGAAUUGAUCAGUAUUGAAGAAGAUAUCGAUGAAAAAGAACUUGAUAAAUCGUUAGAUAUCGACGACAAAUACGAAAUAUUCGACAGAGCUUUUAAAAAAAUCGGAGAUGACACAAUUAAUAAGCCACUUUACAAAAGCAUUAAGGUAGACAUAAAAAAGUUGUCAUUUACAAAACAUCAAUUGUUGGUAAGAGGUAGACAGGAGAUUUAUGAGAAAAAUCUAAAUCAGGACAUCUACUCGUCCACAAUGGAGAAUCGCGCCGAUAAUGAAAUGUCCGACGCCAAGGUAGAAAGGUUAUCAUUUAAGUACGUUUGGGAAGAGAUACGAAAUUUGAAAAGUACUAAAGCAUUUUGUGAACAUUUGAAGGACAAUCCAGACUUGGAAAAGCCAAAAUAUCUUGUAGACAUUGGCUUUUUCGACAACAAUUAUAAUACAAGCAAUAACAAAAGGAAAUCUUUAGCUAUACACGAAAAACAUACAAGGUUAUAG